CGAGACAGAUCAAGCGAUCCAGCAUUACACAUAUUUUCUUUCUUUAUUAUUAAAGCCAUUUCGACGUUUUGAAAGACCGAGGAAAUCGCCCGAAAAGCGUUAAGGGCGGCAUAAAAACGAAAAAGGGAUGAUAAGACUUUGGUCUGUGUUGGCCAUUGCGGUGUUCGGGUUUGUAGCAAUCAGCUUUGCUAGCCCAUCACCUGAUGACACCCAAGAAAUCGAGACUCAUGAAAUCGAGCUAGAUUCAGAUGACCUGUCCAAGAGAUCUGACAUCAAAAAGCCUGACCCCAAGGCUGACUCCAAGUCGACGAGCGCCCACAAGAAGCAGUUCGUGAUUGACGCCAUCCAUCACGGCCCCUAUCAUGGAGGCCACUCAUGGGGGACAACCUCGCAAUGGCCCGCGGGACAUGGCUUUUUCCCGGGUCACGGGUUUGCUAUAGCGUCACCAUCUGGUGGAUGGAAUGGAUACCCCAAUGUCGGAGCUCCUUAUAGGUCUAAAAUUCCAAAGAACAAGAAGGCAUCCAAGGGCGAAACAGACUCGCACGAGGCCCCAAACAAGCGCUGGUGGCCGGGUUACUCUGGAGGCUGGGGUGGUUGGGGUCUUGGUAACUAUGGUUACCCAGGCUGGGGCGCGCAUGGUUUCGGUGGAUGGGAUGGCCCGUGGGGGGGUCCAUGGGGAGGUUUUGCUGGCGGAUGGGCUGGUCACGGAUAUUUAAGAUCAGGCGUCCCUCGCCCUGGCAGUGAAAGUGCCAGUAAGCGCUGGUGGCCUGGGUACUCAGGGGGAUGGGGUGGAUGGGGAGCUGGUAACGCUGGGUACCCUGGUUGGGCAUCUGGAUGGGCUCAUGGCUGGAGCCAUCCGGGAUAUAUCGGUUGGGGUGCGGGUCACGGGUACGGCGCAGGGCAUGGCUACUACAGGUCAGAUAUACCACGUGACUCUCAGAGCAAGAGCUUUAUUCAUGGGUACCACCCAGGCGUGUACGGAUGGGGUGGCAGUGCUUAUCCUGGACUCGGCUGGGGUGGCUUUGGAUAUGGUGCCUUUGGUCCAGGCCCCUAUGGCGCUGGCCCGGGUCCUUAUGGAGCUGGUCCAAUUUUCCCUUUUGGUGGCCAUAGCGCCUUUAUUGGCUCUCCUGCUUACGGUCCCUUUGGAGAGGCCUGGGGGCCCUUCCUCCGCCGUUCUGGCAUCCCAAAAGGUCAGCAAACAAAACAAGAGAGCGCUUCCGCUAGAUGUGUCUGUGGCUACCAUCCCGGUCCAUACGGCUGGGGAGGGGUUGUGUACCCCGGGUGUGGCUGUGUUGGGGGUGAGGUAGCAUGCCAUGGUGGGUGUGGUUGUGGUGGAUGGGGAUACGGUGGAUGGGGACAUGGAUAUGGGGGAUGGGGACAUGGUUUUGGAGGAUGGGGAGGACAUGGGUGUGGUGGGUGCGGAGGCUGUGGAGGUUGUGGCUGUGGGUGCCGAUCCAAGACACCUGAGAAGCCAACUAAGCAGAACGAGAAAGAAGUAAAGGGUUCCUCUCGACAAAACAUCAUGAGCCCCGACUCGGAAGGUGAUAACCCCUCGGACUCGGAGACAUCGCUAUUUGGAAGCUCAUUCGGUGGACCUGGUUUGACGUCAGUGAUGGGCGAGGGUGGGGCGACGCAGCUCCGCAUACCGGGCGUAGGUAUGAACCUCCCAGAGCAAAUAGAGGCAGAGAAAGAUCAGUUCCCCGAGUACUCGAGCAAAUACGCAAGCGCAGAGAUGGAUGAGGGCGAAAACAAAGAUCAGCUGGCGAACUUCAAAAUUGCUCCUGCAGGAGACUCUAGCAUGCCUUUCGAAGACACGAGUGAACAAGACAGCGAGACAAAUUCAUUCACCUCUGAGCAACCGGAAUCUCGACGAGGAAAAAUCCCAUCUACAAGAGACGUAAGGGCCACUAAGAAACAGGCUGUGGCGUACCCCUAUGGAUAUGGUGCUCAGGGCGCGUACCCAUUCUAUCACGGUCUCACUCAUCCCGCCGUGCUGCCAUACGCCCAUCUGGCAUCCCCGUACCCAACUCCUCUUGGUUACCCAUACGGUUUUCUACCCCACCCUGACGACCACACCAGCCACUCUAUCCAUGUGGGUUCACCAAAGGUCAACGUUGAUGUGCAGACGACACGACGUGAUGAUGUGCCAAGUUCCCCAGAACAAGAUAAGGCUUCCGAAAAGGUGCGCCGUUUCGCGAGGGACAUCGAGGCUGAGUUGACGGGCUCACCAAAGCAAAAGCGACAAGUUCCCAACCUCAUGCAACAAGCUUACAACAGACGCUUCCCAGCAGCCCCCGCGGCCCAGGCUGCAGCCCCUAGCAACCCCAUGGCACGCUCACCGUAUGCUCAAAUGGCCCAGGCUACUGCAAGAAGCAACCCCAUGGCACGCUCACCGUAUGCUCAAAUGGCCCAGGCUACCGCAAGAAGCUAUCCACCAAGUCAACCUCAGCAAAACUUUAUGAUGGGACAGCUUCGUGGCAGUUUCCCAGGCGAACAAACGAACAAUAUGCGUCCAUUCGCUCAGAAUAACAUGCGCAUGCGCGGUAUGGGUCAGAUGAUGUUCCGUGGUCAGUCUCAGCUUAACCCGAUGGCAGAUCCAGCGCCGCUUACAUACCAACAGAUCACGCGCAUGGCAGGCAUAAGCGUACCGCUGGCCGUAACGUCGCCAGGAUAUGGUAUGAGGAGGUCAAAUGUGCGAUAUCCUUAUAAGCCAGUCCCCGCAAGAGGGAAGCGAUCUGCAGAAGCCACUAAGAAAUCAAAACCUAACCAAAAAAGGCAGUUCCUCCCGCUACCCUACGCUUCCGCCCAGCCAAUAGCUUCCUAUGGACCUCACGUGGCCAUGCCAGGCUUAUUUACCCAUGCGCCAGUCGCCCCAGCCCCCUACCAAAAUUUUCCAGCCUUCGCAACAGCCUACCCAGCGGUUCCUUCGCCACUCCUCGCUGCUCAACAUCCGGGGUUAUAUCAAGGGAUGGGAUUUGGUGCGCAUGCUCCCAUAGCCGCAUACCCCGCAGGCGCAGUGCAGGCGCCUGUGGCAAUUCCCGGAGGAUAUCCAGUAACAGGUUUUCCAGGAUCUGGGGGGAUGGCCCCUAGUGUGUUUGGACACCCGGCAGAGGCUGUAGUACGGCAAGGUGUGCCAUCGUUUCAAGGAGGCCAGACGCAGCAGCCAAUGGGAAAUAACUUUUUUGCGGGACCACAAGCCCCACAGCCCAUGUUUGGACAAAGCCCCUUUCCGUCCGGCUUUGAGCCCCAGAGCCUCAUGGGACAAGGAUUUGGUAACGCCCCGGGCGCCACUGAGCUACCGUUCCGACGCACUCCCAUGCAGAUGGUGAAUCCAAACAUUGUCCAGCAAGCGUAUCAACAGCAGAUGCAGCGCGGCAACCUGUUCCAAGGUUUUCCUCAAAUGGGCAUUGCCCGUAAGUCAGCGGUCCCAGGAAAGAAGUCCACCAAGACAAGUAAAUAGGGAGAUCAGAGAUAUAUAAUUAUAUCUAGUCUUAGUGAACGCUAGUACACUGACUGAUGCAAUUGGUAAAAUUGUAUAAAAUGGAUUGUUCGAUUACAAUGACAUAAAACCUUGUGAUAUAUACACAAUGUACCGAAAAUUAAAGAAUGUUUUUAUAUAUA